AUGGGCAAAAGAGGUGGCAGAAAGUUUACUCGUGGAGGUCGUGGAGGCGGCGGCGGCGGCGGCCGUCGCAGCAACAACUGGCAGGACAUUAGCCGGAACAAUGCGAAGAUGGAGCGCUACUACUCUGAGUCUGGGAUUAUCCCUGAGGAAGACCUGGAGACAUUUUGGGACUAUAUGCGCCGGGAUCUUCCAAACAGCUUCCGCUUCACUGGUUCGCGCGGACAUGCGCUUGCUGUUCAGGAACGUCUCAAAGAAUUCUACAUCCCCGAAAUCACUUCUAUCAAGUAUGAGGACGAAUUCGUCGAGCCUCCUCUCAUUCGCCGCUUCGCUCCCUUCGCCAACUUCCAGAAGUUCCUCGUUGCAGAGACCGAUGUCGGAAACAUCAGUCGCCAGGAGAUCGUCAGCAUGAUUCCUCCUCUCGUUAUCGAUGUUCGCCCCGGAAUGACUGUUCUGGACAUGUGCGCUGCACCUGGAAGCAAGUCUGCUCAGCUGAUGGAAUUGAUCCAUGCUGGCGAGGAAGACUCCAUUAUGGAUGCUGCUAAGAAGAUCAAGGAAGGCACUGCCGGACCCGAGCCCUUGGGCCCUGAAGGCGACUACAAGCGUGCUCACAUGUUGAUUCACCAGAUGAAGCGUCUCGCCUCGCCCAAUCUGAUUGUUACCAACCACGAUGCCACCAUGUACCCGUCGAUCAAGCUUCCUUCUCUUGAUGGCAAGAAGAACCGAUACUUGAAAUUUGACCGAAUUCUUGCCGAUGUUCCUUGCUCCGGUGAUGGAACUGCUCGCAAGAAUUAUGGUGUCUGGAAGGACUGGAACCCUGCUAAUGCUAUUGGUCUUCACGUCACCCAGGCCCGUAUCUUGGUCCGCGCGCUUCAGAUGCUGAAGGUUGGUGGACGUGUAGUCUACUCUACUUGCAGUAUUAACCCUGUUGAGAACGAGGCUGUUGUCGCUGCUGCGAUUGCUCGCUGUGGUGGCUCUGCCAAUGUUAAGAUCAUUGACUGCAGCCAAGAGCUGCCCGGCCUCAAGCGGGCUCCUGGACUUCGCAACUGGAAGGUGAUGGACCGUGAAGGUCGUAUGUGGGACAGCUGGAAGGAGGUCCAAGAGCACAUUGAGAAGGAGGGAACCACCGGUCUCGCCAGAUUCUCCGAGGGCAUGUUCCCGCAAACCGGAGAGCAUGCCGAUCUCCCACUCGAGCGCUGCAUGCGUGUCUAUCCCCACAUGCAGGAUACUGGCGGUUUCUUUAUCACUGUCAUUGAGAAAACUUCCGAGAUCCGCGCCAAGCCGGAGGACACCACCAACACUGUCCCGAAGGCCUCGGUUGCGGCUCUUGCCUCAGAGCUGGAUGCUCGCAAGAACAGCAAUGGAGAGCCUUACCAGAAGCUGGAGACCUUGGACGAUCUUGUCGUUCCCGACGCUGAGGCCGACGCCGAAAUCGCGAAGAACGCCUCUGUCGCUGAAGCCGCUCACCAGCUUCCAUACUCGGCUACUCUUGAUGCUACCGAGGCUACCAAGCGUGAUGCUGAUGACCUGGAGGAUGAGCUUCCCGCCAAGCGAACCAAGCUUGACAAUGGUAGUGAAGUGCUGAUUGGUGACCGUCCGGUCCACCAACCUGCGCCAUCAGUGGCAACGGAGCACUUUGACACUCCAAGUGAUAGCACCCCUGUCACAACUGCGACUCCUUCGCAGCCCGUUUCGGGCUCUGAGUUCCCCAAGAAGAAGAACAAGAUCGUCCAGGAGGAGCCGUUCAAGUACCUUGAUGGCAAUCACCCAGAGCUCGAGCCUAUCUACAAGUUCUACGAGGUGUCGGAGCGUUUCCCCAAGGACCGUUUCAUGGUACGCAACGCCGAGGGCACCCCGACAAGAACUGUCUACUAUACCAGUGCUCUUGCCCGCGACAUUCUUACUAUGAAUGAGGGAGGCGGCAUGAAGUUUGUUCACUGUGGUGUGAAGAUGUUUGUGAAGCAGGACGCUCAGCGGGAGAAUGUCUGCCGCUGGCGCAUCCAGACCGAUGGUCUGAAGAUCAUCUCACCCUUCCUGGGCCCUGCCCGCGCCGUGGUUCUUACCGAGCGCGAGACUCUGCGCACACUCCUUGUGGAGAUGUUCCCCAGAAUUGAUAAUGACGGCUGGAAGAAGCUGGGCGAGAUUGGCGAGCGUGUCAAGGAUAUUCCCAUGGGCUGUAGCAUCUUGCACAUUGAGCCCAACGGAAAGGCUGGUGGUCUCACCGAGCGAAUGGUGCUGCCUCUCUGGCGCUCGAUGUACUCCCUGAAUCUCAUGCUUCCCAAGGAGGAGCGCCGUGCCAUGUUGCUGCGCAUUUUCAACGACGAUACCCCGCUCAUCAACAAAACAGACAAGAACCAGCGUCCUGUUCCUGUUGUCGAAAGCACCGCUGAUGCUGAGGAUGUUGCGUUGAAGCACGAGAACGCCCAAGUCGGCCAAGAUGAGCAGGAGCAGAUGGAAUUACGCGAGACAUAUACGAAAGACGGGGAGGAAGAGGACCGCUUCAACACCACGGUCUAA